AAUACCAGUACUCUCAUACAGACCUCAGGUCUAUGCUCUAUAGUCAGGUCAGCAGCAGAGAGGAAUAAUGAAAGCAAACUUUGUGUUCCAAAACCUAUGUGGAACAGUCUAUCGACAAGGCAACGUCGUCUUCACACCCGAUGGCAACUCUGUCCUCAGUCCAGUUGGUAAUCGAGUAUCUGUCUUCGACCUUGUCAAUAACAAAUCUAGUACUCUAGCAUUUGAGAAUAGGAAGAACAUUGCUUGUAUUGCUCUUUCACCCGAUGGAAACAUUCUCAUCUCCAUCGACGAAGAUGGCAGAGCCCUUCUCGUUCAUUUCCGCAAAGGAACAACACUUCAUCAUAUGACAUUCCGCUCUCCUGUCUCCCACGUCUCCUUCUCUCCCUGUGGUAAAUACAUAGCGGUCUGUCUAGGAUCUCAAGUAGAAGUUUGGCUUACACCCUCCCACCUCGCAAGGGAGUUCGCACCGUUCGUAUUGAAACGCACAUAUACCGGUCAUCAGGAUCAAGUGACGAGUUUGACCUGGGGGAAAGGGAGUCGUUAUUUCUUGACUACAUCGAGGGAUAUGACUGCUCGUAUGUUUACUCUGGACCCGUUGGAGGGGUUCAUGCCGAAGACUUUUGGGGGUCAUAGAGAUGUGGUUUUGUCGGCGUACUUUUCUGAAGAUGAGAAGACGAUCUACACGGUCUCUCGUGACGGCGCAGUGUUCAUCUGGAACGCCAAGAAGACCACCUCGGCGGAAGAUUCUGACAUCGAAGAAGAUAUCCUCGAUCUUCCCUCUACCUCUUCCGUCGCUGCCAAACGAACCACUGAUUUCCUUCCCGCUUACACCCGAUGGGGUGUUUCUAAUCGACAUUACUUCAACCUCCCUUCCACCCGUGUGGUAUGCACGACCUUUCAUUCCCAUUCAUCUCUCCUCAUCGUGGGCUUCUCAACAGGUGUGUUUGGGUUAUACGAAAUGCCCACCUUCACUUCUAUUCACACGUUGUCCAUCUCCAACGAGAAAAUCUCCAGCGUGGCGGUCAAUCCUUCUGGUGAAUGGCUAGCUUUUGGAGCUGCCAAACUAGGUCAACUAUUGGUAUGGGAAUGGCAAUCCGAAUCGUACGUUCUCAAACAACAAGGACAUUAUUACGAUAUGAACACUUUGUCCUUCUCUCCCGACGGACAAUACAUUGCUACAGGUGGAGAAGAUGGUAAAGUCAAAGUAUGGAAUGCUUCAAGUGGAUUCUGUUUCGUCACUUUUCCCGAACAUACAGCAUCCAUCUCUCAAGUCGAAUUCGCUCGAAAUGUAUUAUUCUCCGCUUCACUGGAUGGAACCGUCAGAGCAUAUGACAUGGUACGAUAUCGAAAUUUCCGAACUUUCACAUCUCCAACUCCUGUUCAAUUCUGUUCUUUAGCUGUGGAUCCUAGUGGUGAAGUUGUCUGUGCAGGAAGUAUGGAUUCUUUUGAAAUUUACAUGUGGUCAGUUCAAACUGGUAAAUUACUCGAUAUCCUCACUGGACAUAGUGCUCCAAUUUCAGGAUUAUCAUUUUCACCUUCUGGGAAUCAACUCGCUUCUUCUUCUUGGGAUCGAUCCGUUCGAUUAUGGGGUAUAUUCGGUCGAUCACGUUCUUCCGAACCUAUAUCAUUAUCAGCCGAAGCUACUUCACUCUCUUUCCGACCUGAUGGAAGUGAAAUAGUCGUUUCCACUCUAGAUGGUCAAUUAACAUUUAUCGAUGAAGUCGAAGGACAAAUAACAUCGGUAAUUGAAGCUCGAAAAGAUAUAUCAGGUGGAAGGAAAAUCGAUGAUAGAAUGUCAUCAUCAAAUAACGCUUCUUCGAAAUAUUUCAAUUCGGUAACCUGGACAUCUGAUGGUUCUUGCGUUUUAGCAGGUGGUAAUAGUAAAUACGUUUGUAUUUAUUCCCGAACCGAAGGAGUUUUAUUAAAGAAAUAUCAAAUUUCUGAAAACCUUUCAUUGGAUGGAACUCAAGAAUUCUUAGAUUCACGUAGAUUAACAGAAUUAGGACCAAUUGAUUCGAUUGAUAAAAAUGGGGAUGCUUCUGAUUUAGAAGAUCGUCUAGAUAAUUCAUUACCAGGUGCACAAAAAGGUGAUUUAUCAAAAAGAAAAUAUAGAAGAGAAGCAAAGACGAAUUGUGUAAGAUUUUCAACAAGUGGUAGAAGUUGGGCAGCAGCAUCAACAGAAGGAUUAUUAUUAUAUUCUUUAGAUGAAGGAACGACAUUUGAUCCUUUUGAUUUAACAUUAGAUCUUACACCCGAAUCCAUUUUGAAAACUUUGGGAAAUGAAGAACAUCUUUUAGCUUUGAUCAUGGCUUUAAGAUUAUCAGAAUUACCUCUUUUAUUAAGAGUUUAUGAAAACGUUCCUAUUGGAGAGAUCAAAUUGAUAUCGAGACAAUUACCUCAAAUACAUUUAGAAUCAUUUUUAAAGUUUCUAAUAGGACAUAUGGAGAAAAGUCCUCAUGUGGAAUAUGAUUUAAUUUGGAUUAAUUAUAUUUUGACGGCUCAUGGGAGAUGGUUGAUGAGUCAUAAAGGUGAAAUGGCUUCAGUGUUCAGAGGUUUGUUAAGAGGUUUAGGGGAUUGGGAAGAAGGAGUGGUUAGGUUAGCUAGGGAUAAUGGAUAUAAAUUGGAUUAUCUGAUUUCACAAGUUGAAAGAGUCAAGGAAAAGGAGUUGGAAGAAUCGAGGAUGGAAGUGGAGGCAGUAUGCAUGGUGGUACAAAUCAAAUCAUCAGAAUAA